AUGAGCUAUUUGCGAGAGCGAAAUGGAAACGGACAAGCUCAAGGCACUGAACUACGACACUGGUUAUCUGUCUGCAGGCAUUCUUUAAGCACCAAUCCAAGAGACAAAGUGUUUGCUCUUCUAGGACUCGCGACUGAUUAUGACAUCAAGAAAAUAAUAAGUAUCGAUUACUCGAAGUCCAUCACCAAGGUUUACCGCGAGGUUAUCGAUUUAUAUGUGCCUUCCUGCGGAAACUCUACGGAUGAUUUAUUCGAUAAAAUCGGCUGGAUGUCUCUCUUCGAGACUCUUCAGCAAAUGCUAGGUCAGGAACUAGAACUUGAGACAGCUGCCAUGGCUCCAUUUGAGGAUCCAGAACCACAGCGAACACUCUGGUGUGCGGCUGAGAACAUAGGCACAAUUACCAACAUCCCCAUACAUAGCCCAACUGUCGUUCGUACCUCUAAUAGAGGAACGGUUCCUCAACCAUCAGUGGUAGCGAACCAUACCUUGAUCCAAAACAACGCAGAUCCUCACAGAUUUAGUUUAUCAAUCUCAAAAUCCGUCGAGCCCACGACAACUUCGGACGACAAUUUCAUCCCUCGGAACACCCUGAGAACUCGAUAUUUUGAAAUCAGUCGGGACGGGAGCAUUGUAAAUACUGGCUUUGCUCCAUCUUCUGCGAAAACGGGUGAUUGCAUAAUUGGAUUUCCUGGCAGUCGUGUCGGCCUGUUCUUAAGAGAUCGGAAAAUGAUUAUUGGGAGAGUAUUGAUGCAUCGGUGGAAUACGAACGACGAGUUUUGUAUGCGGCACUGGGCUGAUAUUCUGCCUUCUAAGCAGGAGACAGGGCCUCUAUUUGAUGUCUUUCCAGAAAGUGGGUUGACGGAAAAGUUCUAUUUGAAGCUUACUAGAGCUAUGUUACAUAAGUUAACAGCAAAGUGA